GGACAUGUGUCACUUCCGGGCUUCAGGAGGAAGUGGGUUGGUUGACUGGGCAACCGCCUGGCGUCCCCAAGCCCCUCCUUCUCCGACUUUUAAGUGUUAAGGCGAAACCACCCUUUACGGGCCGACCCGGGAAGAAUCGACCUUCCUUACAGUGUUAUCACCUACUAUCGGUGGUGCUACUAGGAGGGCAGUUUAAAAGGGGAAAUGUGUUGCGCUUAAUAACCUUGAAUCGAGGAACAGACCUUGAACAUACUAUGGAAACAGCCAUAUGAACUUUAAAGAUAAUUUCCUGGACCCAUUCUCUGUUUUUGUAAACACGUCAGUAAUCCUAUUAAAAGUCUCUAAAGGAAUCCACUUCUUGGGUGACAUAAGUGUCUCUGAUUUUUUUUUUAGUUGAUAAAUUUGUGUUUUCUGAAUCCAUGGGAUUCAUAGGACUGAUCCGUGUUUGGGGGAGGGAAUUCAAACUGAUGCCCUGAGUCCAGACCAUUAUAUAAAUAUUUCUUUUACAGAUUAGAAAGAGUUUAAGUAACUUGUCCAGUUAAUUAGAUGUAGAAUAUUUGGCUCCAGCUCCUGCAACUUUAGAUGCAUAUCCUUGUUUUCAAACAAUUUAAAUUUUAAUAAAAACUGUCCAAGGGGAUUUCUGCAGAUAUGGAACACAAACAUGAAUGAAACGUUAAAGGAAAUUGAUGAUGUCUAUGAAAAAUAUAAGAAAGAAGAUGAUUUAAACCAAAAGAAGCGUCUACAGCAGCUUCUCCAGAGAGCACUAAUUAAUAGUCAAGAAUUGGGAGAUGAAAAAAUCCAGAUUGUUACACAAAUGCUCGAAUUGGUAGAAAAUCGGGCAAGACAAAUGGAGUUACAUUCACAGUGUUUCCAAGAUCCUGCUGAAAGUGAACGGGCCUCAGAUAAAGCAAAGAUGGAUUCUAGCCAACCAGAAAGAUCUUCAAGAAGACCCCGCAGACAGCGGACCAGUGAAAGCCGUGAUUUAUGUCAUAUGGCAAAUGGGAUCGAAGACUGUGAUGAUCAGCCACCUAAAGAAAAGAAAUCCAAGUCAGCAAAGAAGAAGAAACGCUCCAAGGCCAAGCAGGAAAGGGAAGCUUCACCUGUUGAGUUUGCAAUAGAUCCUAACGAACCUACAUACUGCUUAUGCAACCAAGUGUCUUAUGGGGAGAUGAUAGGAUGUGACAAUGAACAGUGUCCAAUUGAAUGGUUUCACUUUUCAUGCGUUUCACUCACCUAUAAACCAAAGGGGAAAUGGUAUUGCCCAAAGUGCAGGGGAGACAAUGAGAAAACCAUGGACAAAAGUACUGAAAAGACAAAAAAGGAUAGAAGGUCGAGGUAGUAAAGGCCAUCCACAUUUUAAAGGGUUGUUUGUCUUUUAUAUAAUUCGUUUACUUUCAGAAAAUGUUUUAGGGUAAAUGCAUAAGACUAUGCAAUAAUUUUUAAUCAUUAGUAUUAAUGGUGUAUUAAAAGUUGUUGUACUUUG